AUGGAUGCGAACAAGAAAAGCACGCCGACGAUCGACAGGCUCAGCUCCUUGCCAGACGACGUCAUCUGCAAAAUCCUAUCCUUGCUCCCGACGAUAACCUCUGUCUCGACCAGCGUCCUCGCGAGACGAUGGAGGGAUCUGUGGGCCCACGUCCCUGUCUUACACUUCGACGAAGGCCACUUCGUCUUAUACUCUGUGGGCCGCGCGCAGAACAUCUCGGAGGUAGUAAUAAACAAUGCGGUAAACGAUGUUUUAUCCGCUCACAAAAGCCCCACCAUAGACACGUUUCGCAUUUGCCUCACAGAUAUGUGCGGUUACGAUGAUUUUGAGGAUUGGAUGGUCACCGUCGUGGCCCGCAAGGUCCGCAAUCUUGAUGUUUUCCUAGAGACGAGUUUGCCCCAAACCAUCUUCUCCUGCGAAACCCUAGUCGAUUUGAGCCUCAGCUCGUGCUACAUUCCGGACUUCGGUGACGUGUCCCUGCCAGCCCUUAGGAAGCUUAAACUCGAAAUGGUCGGGUACGAAUCAUACAAGACCCUCCCGAACCUGCUUUCUGGGUGUCCAGUUCUCGAGGAGUUGGAAAUGGAGAUGCUGUUUGAAGAAGAUCAUUCUAAUCAUUGUGAUAUAGCGUCCCUCACUCUUAAGCGUCUCUCAAUCAGUUGUACCAGCAUCGAAUGCAGUUAUAAUUUGGAUGCCCAACCGUGCGAGUCAAUGUUGGAAACGCCUGCCCUUAGGUUUCUCCAACUGUAUCAUGUUUCCCCUCCGGAGGUCACGGCCUGUGCACUGGCUUCAUUGACCGAAGCAAAACUUGAUUUUGAUUUGGGGAUACAAAUGGGACCUUCUUCGAGGUCAAUGUUGGAGUUUGUGGGUAAGCUUUGCGGUGUGCGGAGUCUGACAUUGACAACUGGUUUUAUGAAUAUUACCGCCUCUGAAUUAUCUAUUUUGAAUGUUAAGUUUCCUAAUUUGACCAAGCUUGCGUUGGAGAAGGCUCAUGGGGGUUUUGUGUCGUUUUUUCUUGAAAAUGCUGAUAAUCUUGAAGUCCUGGCCAUCACAUUGCUUUAUCAGUUGGAAGAGGAGUACCUGAAUUACUGGAUGGAACCGAAACAAGUGCCGACAUGCCUAAUAUCACAUCUUAAGUAUGUUGGAAUCUAUGAAUUUGAAGGUGUAGAACCAGAGCUUAACAUGAUAAAAUAUUUGUUGAGGAACUCGAAAGUCUUGAAGGGUUUCAAAAUACAGCCUCGAAACCAGCAGCCUCGUUUGAUGGGAAAGUUUGAAGAGCUCAACAAGCAACCGUUUUCCAACGAUUUCGUCCUUUCUCUCAGUCGUUCACGGCCGUCGAGGUACAAGCAGGAUCAGAACAUCGCUUGUUGUGACCGCAGCGGACCCGUCGUGGAAAAGCAAGCAGAAGCUCUGUCCACCGUUGAUUUCGGUGAGACCUUCACUUCCGGCUAUCGUCGACGUUCGUCGUAA